CCUUACUUCAACAAUCAAUGACCCACCUCUAUUAUUUUUGAUCCGUGUUUUGGGUUUCUCCGGCCCGCUACCGUCCUCUUAUGUGUCGCCUUUAGUUGAUUAGGGUUACCGUCUCCUUCGAGAUCCUUCGUUUGAGGGCGCUUCCUCUUCCACUAGAGUUCAAUUUUCUUAUGAACUCCAAUAAUAUAUUGUCUCGAAAAAAUAGGAGUCGAUCGAGUGUCUUCCCUACAAAGGAGUGUCAACAAGUGAUGGAUGAGCAAGGUUCUUCUGGAGGUUAAGAUCAUCCAAUGGCUAAAUCAUCUACUUAAAUAUUCCAUGAAGGAUGAUAAUCAUAGCUUAGCUGUUUCCUACACCAGCUCUUCAACACAGGUGAAGAACUGUUCCUAUGAUAGAGGAGGGACCACGCGAGCAAAGGAAUCAGUUGUUUUCUGUUUUAGGGUCUCUCACUGAUCCAGAAGAAGAAGAAUCAAAGGACUCCUCAGAGGUUGCUUCUGUAGAUAUUAAACUACCAAGAAGAAGGAGUUUGCAAGUGGAGUUCAGUUGCAACUCAUGCGGAGAGAUAACUAAACGGCUUAUCAACCGUUUGGCUUAUGAACGUGGCAUUGUCUUUGUCCAGUGUGGUGGAUGUCUUAAGCAUCAUAAGCUGGUUGACAAUCUUGGCAUUGUGGAGUAGGACUUCCGCAAAGAAACCUCCAAGGAUUCAAGUACUGAUCAAAUUUGAUAUGACUUCCGAUAAAAAAUGUAAUAUUUUUUAAUCAAAUGUGUUUGGUAUACAAUGGGGAAAAAUGUAGCUUUUGGAGUUGAUACAUAGGUGAUAUAGUGAGAAGAAAGCUAGAGAUUUUAGGCUGGGAUAGCCAGCAGGAGGAGAGUUCCCAGUACAGUGCUGAGCCACAUUGCUACUCUUCCUUCUAGCUGGUUCAAGGCAUUUCCUCCGUUCUGUAAAAUCAGAAAUUAAAGAUUGUUAUAUAAUUCAGUGUGGUGAUAGUGCAUUUCUUUUUAAAGAUUGUAUUUUAGUAAGAGAGUGUUACCGCAUUCUGAAAUGGUGAUGGUGCUGUAGACGUGUCCUGGGAAUCUGUUAGAACUGGACGAGAUGGAAGGCUUGGAGGAGUUGGUGCUGGAGGUGGGGCAUGGUAAUGCCUCUUGUGUUUGUGCUUUUUCUUGUGCUUGGCAGGAGCUGAUGCUGGUGUUAGAGUUAUUGGUGUAAGCGCUAGAGGCGGUGAAGCUGGUGGUGCAGAAGGUGAUGCCUGUGGGGGAGAGGCCGGAGCAAGCGGUGGUGAGACGGUUGGAGCUGGCACAGGCGGGCUUUGUGGUGGUUGUGGAGGCUAGCUGCUGGGCUGAUAACUGGUGCAACCUUUG